AAAAAGGAGGCAACAAAAACCUGAAACUAUUAAGCGAGCCAAUCAUCAUCGUCAUAAAUUCAUAAUUCUCAGCAUGAAUCUCCGACACGUCGUCGUUUCAAAAGCCAUUAAUUCUUCACUAAACCCUAAUUUCUCUUCACGCCACGCUUUUACUCACCGAUUCUGUUAUUGGGGGUUUAAAGGCUUGCAGCGACGGAUGCACAGUUCUUUGGCCUCUGAAGAUGAUUUUUCGGAUUUAGGCCCCCCUGUUAUACAAGGGGUUAAUACCCGGCUCAAAUUGGCAACAGAAAAGCCCGAGUUUUUUCGGCAAUCAAAGGACGAUUCUAGAAAUUCUACUGCUAGCAAACAAGACAUGAAGAUAAUUCCCCGUGCGAGGGACCUCCUCAUGAGCAUGGACAAAUUAUCUCGCACUUCUGCCAAAAUCGAGAAAUCAGAGAAUACUCGUCCUAAAACUGAGAAGGCAGAGAAUGCUCGUUUGAUAGUUGAGAAAGCGAAUGGUACCCAUCCUACAACCAAGAAACCUAAGAAUUAUUCUGAUGUCACUAGCAACAACAAAUGUCAUUCCAGCAUCAAGAAUUCAAGUUCAAUUUCUAUCGAGAAUGUUCCUUCCGCAGUCAACAUGUCCGAACUGCUAGAAUCUCUUUCUACCUUUGGAAAGGUCUCCAGUUCUUCCAUGGAAAAUGUGGCCAGUGGACUAGAUCGUUGUUUUGUGAAAUAUGAGAAUGAAGAAUCAAGCUCAAGAGCCAUUUCAGCUGGUAAUAUCACAAUUGGUAGUUUUGAUCUUCCAAUUCGUCCUCUACCAGUCCCAGAAUCUGUCACCAUCCGUAUAAAUGAUAUUGGCAACAACACUUCAUACACUGCAGUACAUUCCAUUUGCAAAACAAUUGGUGAACUGGUGGGAGUGGUGAAGGCAACAGAAAAUUCUGUAGACGCACUCUUUAGCCUAAAGGAUUACUCAGAGACGCAAAACAUACUUGCUAAGUUAAACGAUAAAAUUGUUGACAACUGCAAAUGGUCUGCUCAUUUACUAUUAAAUACCUCAAGCCCUGAAGAAGUGUCCAAAAAUGAACGUAUCCAACUAGGUUUACAGGUCAGCAAUCAGCUAAAAAUGUUAAAAACUGAAAUGUCUACUAGGAAAGUUUACGCUGAAGAUUUAGAGUAUAUGCAUAUGGCAAUAAUGCACCUUGAGGAACAGCAUCAUAUUGGAUCUACAACCAAUUAAGUGGUACUCUAAUUUAUAUAUGGCCUUCAGAAAUGGAAUUGCUGAACUGUUAAUCAUUGAUUCAUGAUAUAUAUUUGCUGAUCCUAAAACUGUAGCUGGAAUUGGUUUAAUAGCCUGAUGUUAGCUGUGGCAAUUGUCUGGUACUAUAAGAAGAAUUUUCCCACAAUGUACUGGCGGUUCUCAUUUUGACAGUAGCGAAGUUCUCACGUCCAAAUCUCUUGGUUUUUACCAGGCAGGUAAUAGAUUGAGAGUGUGGUAUAAACCUAAGCAUGUUAUUUCUCAUGAAUCCUAUCGAGUAUUUAGCUCCUAAGGUGUAUUACUUUUGAGUUGGUUAAAACUUUUGAGGAAGCAACCAAAAGCUCAAAGAGUUGCAAUAUUUCUGGAGUCCUGACCCUGCUUCGCCUUAAUUGUUGUUGUAGUUAUCGUCUCACUAUUGGCUUAACCAGGUCAUACCUUUAAGUUUUAAGACUUUUCUUAUACCAUCUCUUUUCGCUCUCAAAAGUCCCCGGCUGUUCCUUAGUAAUUUUUCCUAUUCAAACUCUUGAUUUCGAGUUUGUAACUCAAAUGUUGUGGCAAAACAUUAACGCCUGAAGAGGCUCGGACUAGAUUACUCUAUUCUGGACAUUUUUUGGUCAAAAUAAUAUAGGACAGGAUACUAUUUCUAUUUUAAGUGAAUUUACUUAUCUUUUAGUCCCGGAUGCAUAUUUUAGAGCAGUGUAGGCAGAUUUUUUGUAAUGCGAUUAUGCUUAUCUGAGAUCAUAAUUAGUAUAUUGUGUCGAUAUCCUUAUAAAAAAUUUCUAGUUAUGAUAUGUUUCUUGAAGCUGUGAUAUUUUUCUCCAAACAGACUGCUGAACUAUAGAAUCUUUGAGGAUGGCUUCUUGUAAUUGUUUUCCCUGUACUGUGUAUUAUGUACAAAUUGUUUUUUUAUUCAAAAGGCUGCUGUUUGGGCUCCAUUCAUGGGUACCAUUUGCCAGUAGCGUAAAUUCAGGCCCAUGAACUAUGGCACUCUGUUGCGUAUGUACUCUGAAUCAAGUCAGAUCCCACUAGGCGGGACUGGAAGAAACUAGUUUAACAUGUCUCUUAGCAAGGAAAAUAGAUAAAUUUGUUUUUCUUUUGUCUA